GUGCUACUGCGCUUUCCCCCAAUCUGGGUCUGCUCUCUUCGGCAAACCGGGACUCCGAACCCAAACCUCUGGUGGUGAGAUUUCUCACAAAGCGAUUCAUCGGGGACUACGAGCGCAAUGCAGGUAAUCUGUACAGCAGGCAAAUUGAAAUUGACGGAGAGAUGCUUGCGAUCCAAGUCCAAGAUACGCCAGGCGUCCAGAUCCACGGACACAGCCUGGACUGUAACGAACAGCUGAACAGAUGCAUUCGGUGGGCGGAUGCCGUGGUGAUAGUCUUUUCGAUCACAGACUACAAAAGUUACGAACUGCUCAGUCACUUCCACCAGCACAUACGGCAGCUGCACCCCGGGAACAAAGUGCCCGUGGUGGUCAUCGCCAACAAAGCCGACCUCCUCCAUGUUAAAGAGGUAGAACCCCAACACGGACUCCAGCUGGCCAGCAUGUUGGGCUGUACUUUCUAUGAAGUGUCCGUCAGCGAGAACUACAAGGAGGUCUUCAGUGCUUUUCAUAGCCUGUGUAAAGGUGUCUGCAAGCAACCGUAUGUCAGCACCCCAGAGAAGAGGAGAACCUCUCUCAUUCCAAGACCAAAGUCACCCAACAUGCAGGACCUGAAGAGAAGGUUUAAGCAAGCCUUAUCCGCUAAAGUGAGAACUGUCACUUCCGUCUGAAAGAUCAGACUAAAUGGGUGGGGUUUCCCCCUCCCAAUGCACACUCCUACAGUUCCUGUCUGGGAAUGUUAAGUCUAUGGCACUAUGGUGUCCCGCAAAGGCAAAGGAGAGUGUCCAGAUGUUGUUUGAACAGCUGUCAACAUAAAAAUGUUGUGCAGUGGAGGGAAAACACUGAAGCCCAAAUAAGCUCCUGAAGAGCUGGUAGAACAUGGAUUUUCACAUUGAAAAAUAGAACUUUUUGACUGAAUGGACAUUUUCAUGCUUUGUGGUAGAAUUUGGAUAAUUAUGAACAAUGUAUUAUCCUUUCACUUGAAACUGCAGAGGGUGGAGCGGAGAAGAGAUUCUCUGGCUGCCAUCUCAGUGGAAAACAAGUUGUGUUUUUACAUCACUGUGUUAUUGUCUUUGAUAUUGGAUGAAGGUUGACUCCCCCUAGUGCUCACCAGAGCCUUAAGUUGCUUUUUUAACUUGCUGUUCAGCACAAAAUGUCACACUGUUUUUGCCAAAUGAAACAUCAGUGUAAAACAAAAUGGGCAUUAUUGACUGUAUGACUGCAGAUGUUUUGUACUACAAAUAUUGUUUAGAGUGUGAUUAUCUAAGAUAGUGUUGUCUUGAUCACUCUCCAGAGACUGAUAAUAUGAUGAAAACGUUGUGGCUUUUCAGAUACGUUUUUGAUUUGGAUUGACUGAUGGUUAUUGUAAAUCCUCACUUAGUUGCUCUGGGCACAGAUGUGAUUUUCUCUUAUCUCAGUCCAGUAAGAUUGUUUGCUGUGGUCUGUGAGGCUGAUCUUUCUUGGCUGAACUGUUUUCCAGUGAAAGCAUGUGGGAUCUUUCGCUGUUGGCGUUAAGUCUGGUGGUUUUAGCUGUGUUUUCGGAAUCUGAAUGGUCAGACUUGGUUCACAGAAUCGACAGGAUUUGAGUUUCAAGGGCUAUGAGCCUGAUACCAAUGCACUUUAAAAAACAAAACAGAACUCGCCUGUGCUUUCCCCCUUAAGAUGUUAACUUAUUUAUUUUUUACUUGAUAGCAGCUCUUUAUGUGGAACACAACUUCUCCAUUGUUUCAGCAUUAAAUAUAA